CUCUCUCUGUGUCUCUCUGUGUGUCUCUAUGUGUGUGUGUCUCUCUCUGUGUGUCUCUCUCUCUCGGCACCCAAGUUCACCAAGAUCCCCGGGGACCAGAUCGGGGUUUCGGGGGGUGUGGCCUCGUUUGUGUGCCAGGCGUCAGGUGACCCCAAACCCAUGGUCAACUGGAACAAGAAGGGCAAGAAGGUCAACUCCCAACGCAUAGAGACAAUAGAGUUUGAUGAUGGAGCGGGGGCCGUACUGAGGAUCCAGCCACUCAGGGCCCCCCGAGAUGAGAAUGUCUAUGAGUGUGUGGCCCGCAACAGUGAGGGAGAUGUGGCCACCACUGCCAAGCUGGCCAUCAUACGGGAGGACCUGUUGCCGUUUGGUUUCCCCAGCAUUGACAUGGGUCCUCAGCUGAAGGUGGUAGAGAGGACCAGGACAACCACCAUGCUGUGUGCUGCCAGUGGCAUCCCUGACCCAGAGAUCUCCUGGUUCAAAGACUUCCUCCCUAUAGAGCCCAGCUCCAGCCAGGGACGUAUUAAACAGCUGCGCUCAGGUGCCCUCCAGAUAGAGAACAGUGAGGAGUUAGACCAGGGAAAGUAUGAGUGUGUGGCCACUAACUCUCAGGGAGUGCGCUACUCUUCCCCGGCCAACCUGUAUGUACGAGUGCGUCGUGUGCCCCCUCGUUUCUCCAUCCUGCCCUCCAACCAUGAGAUCAUGCCCGGCGGCAGCAUCAACAUCACCUGUGUGGCGGUGGGUUCACCCAUGCCCUACGUCAAAUGGAUGCUGGGUAGUGAGGACCUGACACCUGAGGACGAGAUGCCAGUGGGGCGGAACGUUCUGGAGCUCAACGGAAUCAGGGAGUCGGCCAACUACACCUGUGUGGCCAUGAGCAGUCUGGGGAUUAUAGAGGCCACUGCACAGGUGUCAGUUAAGACUCUUCCCAAGCCUCCCGGUACCCCCAUCGUCACGGAGACGACUGCCACCAGCAUCACCAUCACCUGGGACUCCGGUAAUCCCGACCCGGUGUCCUAUUACAUCAUCCAGUACCGGGCCAAGGCACCAGACAGCAAGUACGAGACGGUGGACAGUAUCACCACCACUAGGUACAGCAUUGGAGGGCUCUACCCCAACACAGAGUAUGAGAUCAGGGUGUCAGCCUUCAACAGCAUCGGCCAGGGACCCUCGUCCACCCGGGUGGAGGCCAGGACAGGGGAGCAGGCCCCGGCUAGCCCACCCAGGAACGUCCAGGCCAGGAUCAUCUCCAAGAACACUGUCAUGGUCCGCUGGGAGGAACCAGAGGAGCCCAACGGACAGGUGAAAGGUUACCGGGUGUACUACACCAUGGACCCAUCUCAGCCCAUGAGUCUGUGGCAGAUCCAUAAUGUUCAGGACAGCACCAUCACCUCCAUCCAGAGCCUGGUACCCUCUGAAACAUACACUGUCAGAGUCCUGGCCUUCACCUCUGUGGGAGACGGACCCUUCUCUGACCCUGUCCAUGUCAAAGUGCUGCCCGGAGUUCCAGGGCAGCCAGGAAAGUUCAAAGUGGGCAAGGUGACGGAGACCAGUAUAGAGCUGACCUGGGAACCGUCCUACAUCAAGGAGGGCAUCGUCAACUACGAACUGCUCUACAAACCUGUCAAGUUCGGCAGCCUGGAGAAGUUGACGUUUGGGCCCAGGGCGUCGUACACAGUGGAGGGUCUGAGGGCUAACACGGAGUACUCCUUCUCCCUGGCUGCCAUUUCUAACAAAGGCAUUGGAGCCUUUACCAACGAGCUGGUCCAGAGGACAGCACAAGCCAAGCCCUCAGCUGCUCCCCUGGGCGUGUCCUGUGACAGCUCCAGCUCCACCUCCCUGAGGGUAAGUUGGACACCGCCGCCCACUGAGACCCAAAAUGGCACACUGACUGCUUAUGUGCUGCGCUACCAGCAAGUGGUGUCUGGGGCCGAGGUCAAAGGUCAGGGUCCAGAGGUGAAGGGGCCUCCCAUCCCCCCAGAGCAGGGGCAGGCAGUGGUGGAGGGGCUGGAAAAGUGGACCUGGUACCGCGUUAGCCUGGCAGCCUUCACUACCGAGGGGUCCGGACCAGAGAGUCCAGCGCUGCUCUGCCGCACAGACCACGACGUCCCGGGUGCGGCCCCUCGGCAGGUGGAGGUCCGGCCCUUCAACUCCACUGCCCUUAGGGUCACCUGGCGAUCUGUGUUGCCAAGGCAACGCCAAGGUCAGAUCCGUGGUUACCAGGUGCACUAUGCUCGUGUGGAGAGUGGCUCAUCACGCAGCCUUCCCCGAAUCAAAGACCUGCUAUUGGACGACAGCCAGGAGAUGAUGGUGGGGGGUCUGAAGCCUGAGAUGUGGUACUCUGUGUCUGUGGCGGCUUACACCACUAAAGGGGAUGGAACACACAGUAAAGCCAGGGUGGUGCAGACACCGGGGAUUGUGCCUGGUGCCCCCUCACUGUCGGUGCGCCCAGGGUCUGAACCCUCCAUGGUGGUGAGAUGGGGGCCCCCUACUGGGGGUUCAGACUCAGGUCCAGGGGCCAAAGGGUCUGAAGUUCAGAUCCAGGGUUUCCGGCUACAAUUUGGGCUGAAGAAUGCAACCCUGGACACUACGGUGGAGUUUUCGGCCAGGGAGCGAACGUACACACUCAUAGACGUAAUUCCAGGGUUGACCUAUGUCGUUACCCUUUCCGCCAAAAGCCGGUCAGGAUACGGAGACGAGGCACGGGAGGAACUCGAGAUGCCUGAGUACCCACCCAGGGGCUACCCUCAAAUCUCAGAAAACAUUAACGUCACCUGUUGUUCGCUCCAGUUCUCCUGGCUGCCCCCUGUGCCAAGCGAGCGAAACGGUGUGAUCACCGAAUACACAAUAGCUUAUCGGGAAGCAGGGGGUCUUAACCCUCUGGGCAUUGACCCUCUGGGACCCCCUCGCCAGAUCACGCUCCCGGCUAUUGAGUCCAGCUACACCAUUCUGGGCCUGAACCACAACACAUGGUACGAGGUGCAGAUGUGUGCCCACACCAGCGUAGGUCCCGGCCCGUUCAGUCCCCCGCUGCUGUAUCGCACACUGGCCUUUGAGACAGAUGUCCCGAGGAAUUUCUCAGUGAACCUGGCGACCAAGACGAGUGUUCUCCUGACCUGGGAAUUCCCUGAGAGCCCCUACCCCUACCACUUCACUGUGGAGUAUAACCGCCAGAAGAUGGAGGUGGAUGCCAAGCUGAGGAAAGCAGUGAUCCCCAACUUGCAGCCAGAUACUGACUAUGACUUCAAGAUCACCUCCUCUGAGGGCAACAUGGGCGGGCUGAGGCACCGCAUCCACGCCAAGACCUCUCCACCAAUUGCCAUCCGCCGUCCGGAGAUUGACCACACCCGUGACACGGAGACCACCAUCACCAUAAUCCUGCCCUCGCUGGAGAACCGCAUCCCUGUCAAGAACCUGUAUGUGGUGGUAGUUCCUCUGAGGAGGACGAGGGGGGUUAUUAGACAUCUCAAGAGCCCAGACGAGAUGGACUUGGAGGAGUUGUUGAAGGACAGCAGUCAGAGACAGAGGGAAUCUAGACAGCAGAAACAGGUAGACCUGCGCAGAGCCUACAUCUCAGCCCUCUUCACCCCUGCUACUCUGCCAGCCUUCUUCACUCUGGGGGACCAGCUGGACUACGGAGGCUUUGAGAACCGCGCUCUAGAACCGGGACAGGAGUAUGUGUUCUUCAUCCUGGCUGAACUCAAUGGCACCACAGUGAAGAUGUACGCGGACAGUCCGUACACAGAGCCCGUGAUCGCUCCGGACUCAGACCCCCAGCCCCUGGAUGCGGGGGAUGGUCUGAUCUGGGUGGUGGGACCCGUCCUGGCCGUGGUCUUCAUCAUCUGCAUCGUCAUUGCCAUCUUGCUCUACAAGAACAACAAGCCAGACAGUAAGAGGAAGGACUCCGAGCCAGGCACCAAGAGCCUUCUGUGUAAUGCUGAGAUGAUGGCCCACCACCCCACAGACCCUGUUGAGAUGAGACGCAUCAACUUCCAGACCCCUGGUAUGAUGAGCCACCCUCCCAUUCCCAUCACAGAGCUGGCUGAACACACAGAGAUACUCAAGGCCAACGAUAGCCUGCGUCUGUCUCAGGAGUACGAGUCCAUCGACCCUAGUCAGCAGUUCACCUGGGAGCACUCCAACCUGGAGGUGAACAAGCCCAAGAACCGCUAUGCUAACGUCAUCGCCUACGACCACACCCGCGUCGUCCUCGCCCCCAAUGAAGGUUCAAGUCCAGGUAUCCUGGGCAGUGACUACAUCAAUGCUAACUACAUAGACGGCUACAGGAAGCAGAAUGCCUACAUUGCCACACAGGGCCCGCUGGCAGAGACAUUCGGGGACUUCUGGAGGAUGGUGUGGGAACAGAGAGCAGCCUCUGUGGUCAUGAUGACCAGACUGGAGGAGAAGUCACGGAUAAAGUGUGACCAGUACUGGCCGACCCGGGGUACAGAGACCUAUGGGAUGACUCAGGUCACCAUACUGGACACUAUGGAACUGGCCACAUUCUGCGUGCGCACCUUCUCCCUGCAGAAGAAUGGUUGUAAUGAGCGGAGGGAGGUACGUCAGUUCCAGUUCACUGCCUGGCCAGACCACGGUGUACCAGAGUACCCCACUCCGUUCCUGGCCUUCCUACGCAGGGUUAAAGCCUGCAACCCCCCUGAUGCUGGUCCUGUCAUCGCACACUGCAGUGCGGGUGUGGGUCGUACCGGUUGCUUCAUCGUGAUCGACGCCAUGCUGGAACGGAUCAGACACGAGCGCACGACCGACAUCUAUGGUCACGUGACUCUGAUGAGGUCACAGCGGAACUACAUGGUACAGACGGAAGACCAGUACGGCUUCAUCCACGAGGCGCUGCUGGAAGCAGUGGCUUGUGGGAACACAGAGGUGGCGGCCCGGAGCCUGUUCUCCUACAUGCAGAAGCUGGGCAAGGUGGAGAGUGGAGAGCACGUCACUGGCAUGGAGCUGGAGUUCAAGCGUCUGGCCAACACCAAAGCCCACACAUCUCGGUUCGUCAGUGCCAACCUGCCAUGUAACAAGUUUAAGAACCGCCUGGUCAACAUCAUGCCCUAUGAAACCACCCGCGUCUGUCUGCAGCCAAUCCGAGGCCUGGAAGGAUCAGAUUACAUCAACGCCAGCUACAUUGAUGGAUACAGGCAGCAGAGAGGUUACAUGGCCACCCAGGGCCCACUGGCUGAGACCACAGAGGACUUCUGGAGGAUGCUGUGGGAACACAACUCUACCAUCGUGGUCAUGCUCACUAAACUGAGAGAGAUGGGACGGGAGAAGUGCCAUCAGUACUGGCCCGCAGAGCGGUCUGCUCGGUACCAGUACUUUGUAGUGGAUCCCAUGGCUGAAUACAACAUGCCUCAGUAUAUCCUCAGAGAGUUUAAGGUCACCGAUGCAAGGGAUGGACAAUCACGGACAGUUCGUCAGUUCCAGUUCACCGAUUGGCCAGAGCAGGGAGUUCCUAAAUCUGGAGAGGGCUUCAUCGACUUCAUUGGCCAGGUGCACAAAACCAAGGAGCAGUUUGGACAGGACGGCCCAAUCAGUGUCCACUGCAGUGCGGGUGUGGGGCGGACCGGAGUCUUCAUCACUCUGAGUAUCGUUCUGGAGAGGAUGCGUUAUGAAGGAGCUGUGGACAUCUUCCAGACUGUCAAGAUGCUGAGGACACAACGCCCUGCCAUGGUACAGACGGAGGAUGAGUACCAGUUCUCCUACCAGGCUGCCUUGGAGUACCUGGGGAGUUUUGACCACUAUGCAACCUAAGAGAGGAGAGGAACUGUCAUCCCUCCAUCCUUCUGUUCAGAUAGAGGUCCACACAGAGACGAGGAACAACGAAAGAGAGGCGCAGACUGGAAAACGACAAAACAAUGAACCUUAUAUCCCACUGGAGGGGUGACGCUACUAACAAGGAGUAAUUAUACAAGAACAACAACAGCAACAUACAAAAGAACAACAACAUACAAAACAACAACAACAACAUACAAAAUAACAACAACAUACAAAACAACAACAACAACAUACAA